UCGUAAAGUGCUGUUACGCACUUGGGACGUCACUGGGGUCCGCGUCGCUGCUACGCAGCGGCAGGCGCUGGGAGUGGCCAAGCGCUCUGCUGGUUUGGUUGCCUGCGUCUCACUGUUGGAAGUGGGGGAUUAUUUGGGGAGGGAUCCUGGUUUUGUGUAUUUUUGAGAAGAACGUAGAUAGUCCUUUCCUGGAACGGGAGAGCGGCCCGGUCCUAGUGCCCGCUAAUACUAGGGGCUGUGGAGCGGACGGAGGUUGUGGCCCUACCUAAGCGUGACCUCGCUCCGCGAAGCCGCCCGCGGGGCGCUGAUGGCCGAACGCAUUCUGGGAAAGACUUUAGCCACGGUGUCUCUCUCUGUGGCCUUGGCCUCUGUAACUGUCAAGUCCUCGGGCUGUUGCAGCAUUCCGGCGUGCAGAAACUCAUUUUUAUCCUGUGGGUUUCAUCUUAACUCCAACAUCAUGUCUAGUUCUAAUGGUGCCAAAGAGAAUUCGCACAACAAGGCUCGAACAUCUCCGUAUCCUGGUUCAAAAGUCCAACGCAGCCAGGUUCCAAAUGAGAAAGUAGGAUGGUUUGUUGAGUGGCAAGACUAUAAUCCUGUGGAAUACACUGCUGUCUCUGUCUUGGCAGGACCCAGGUGGGCCGAUCCUCAGAUCAGUGAAAGUAACUUCUUUCCCAAGUUUAAUGAAAAGGAUGGGCAUGUUGAGAGAAAGAGCCAGAAUGGUCUAUAUGAGAUUGAAAAUGGAAGACCCAGAAAUCCUGCAGGACGGACAGGACUGAUUGGCCGGGGGCUUUUGGGGCGAUGGGGCCCAAAUCAUGCUGCAGAUCCCAUCAUAACCAGGUGGAAAAGGGAUAGAAGUGGAAAUAAAAUUACCCACCCUGUUUCUGGGAAAAACAUCUUACAGUUUGUGGCAAUAAAAAGGAAAGACUGUGGAGAAUGGGCAAUCCCAGGGGGGAUGGUGGACCCAGGAGAGAAGAUUAGUGCUACACUGAAAAGAGAAUUUGGUGAGGAAGCUCUCAACUCCUUACAGAAAUCCAGUGCAGAAAAGAGAGAAUUAGAGGAACAGUUGCACAAACUCUUCAGCCAGGAACAUCUAGUGAUAUAUAAAGGAUAUGUCGAUGAUCCUCGAAACACUGAUAAUGCAUGGAUGGAGACAGAAGCUGUGAACUACCAUGAUGAAACAGAUGCUAAGCUGUGAGCAGUCCUAUGGAGAGGACCACAUGGUGAGGAAAUGGAAUCUUCCAACAGUAGCCAUGUGGGCGAGUUCAGAGGAGAUCCUAAGAUAGAACUGUCCAGAUAAACAACUCCUAGAUUCCUGAUCCUUGGAAACUGUGAACUUGUAAGCUUCUAAGCUUUAGGGUAAUUUGUUAUGCAGUGAUAGGCGACCAAUAUACAGCACUUGGUGCUUACAAAAAUAUACAUUCUUUGCUCCUUACAGUUGUGCUUAUUUCACAGAAUAAUAUUGUAGAGGCAAAGAGCUAACCCUUUCUGCUUACCUAUUUAUCAGUAAGUACUCAAUACUCUCAGCUCUUUCUUUAUAAUUUCAAGGCAUUCUACAUAUCAUGAAGAAUAUAUAUAUACACACACACAUAUAUAAUAUAUAUAAGAAUAUAUAUUACAUAUAUAAGAAUAUAUAUAAUAAAUAUAUUAAUUUUUAAAUGUUUAUUGAAUUUUGAAAGAGAGACAGAGUGUGAGUGGGGUAGGGGCAGAGAGAGAGGGGGACACAGAAUCCAAAGCAGGUUCCAGGCUCUGAGCUGUCAGCAGAAUCAGACGCAGGGUUCAAACCCAUGAACCAUGAGAUCAUGACCUGAGCUAAAGUCGGACGCUUAACUCACUGAGACACCCAGAUGCCCCAUGAAGAAUAUUUUUAAAGUGAAUGUCAUACAAGUUGCCUCCUUUUAAGACAUUCUGACCUUUGAUGAACUUACUUUUCAUGAUUGGUUGGCUGCACAUUCAUCCUACUUGUAUGUUGUGAACAUAACAUAUAAAACCUCUGCUUUAGAGAUUGUUUGCUGUUGAUUUACAUUGUGCAAGCAGUUUUGAGUGCUCAUUUUUUGAGAAUAUUUCAAAUCUUGAUUAUUAAAAACAUGCUUGCUAAUAAAAAUCAGCUUUAACUUAGGAAAACAAAAGGAAGUAUGUUAAGACAUAGACUGGCAAAACAAAUAUCUAAAUUUAAGUUCCUCCAUCACAGGGAGAAAGAAAGAACCCUCUGAUUAUUAUUAUUUUUGCCACUGAAGAUGCAGUAAUAGAUUGAAAGCAUAUCUGGACACAACUUGUGAUAUGAGGCCCUAUCUUUAGUGAGUUGGUAACGAAUUCUAAGAUUUUUCUGACAUCUCCCACUGGCAGAAUCAGACUUAUUGUUUUACUCUUCACAUAUGACUUUUUAAAGUUUGGACCAAUAGUCAGGUUAAGAAAUGACAUAAAAUCCCUCCUUCUUCAGAAGGGUAGCACAGCUCUCUGGAUUGACAUCAUUUUCUCAGGCUUAGCCAACUGCUAAGAACUCAAUGUUGUGAUCCCCUAAGUAUUCCCACUUUUACUCUCUGAAAAAAAGAGUAUCAUCAAGGGAAGUAUGAAGUAACCUUGCAAUGACAGCAUGUGCCCUGAGGAAGUCCUACCUGGGAUGCUGCCACCUUGCUGUCCCUAGGUGUCAAUCUGAGCACAUAGCAGGACCUCUCCAGGAGGGCUGCAGGCCUUGGUGCUCUCCUGGAGAAGAGGAUACCCCUUUCCCUGACUGAUGAUGAGUUUACCUUCUUUAAUUCCAAAGCAGUGGCCCCACUCCUUCAGGGUGAUGUGCUUAUCUUUGUUGGGAUCACACUCCUCAAAGAAGCGAGUUAUGCAGUGUUCCAUGGGCACCAGAGAUGCUCGCAAAGGAGCAAGCUCAGAAUGUGUUAAGACUCUGCAAUGAAAUAAACGGUGGUGUAUUAAUGGCCAGCUUGUAUAUGAAAGUUAACUCUUAGGAUAACUAAGGCAUUUUUCUUCCACAAGAUUGCUAGGAAUGCCAAAUAAAUAGUACACUCAUGAAAAGGUGCAAAAUUAUGGGUAAGAUACACAGCACUUGAGAUGUCACAAAGUUUCUUUCCUCACUGGGAAGUACUCUCCUGCCAACUUAAAUUUAUAGGGAUGUGCCUCACCCCCCACCAACAAUCAUGUUUGUACAGCCUGACUCUUACCCACUGACCAUUACCCAAUUGUACAUAUCCAGAUGUAAGCACUUGACCUAAGCUGGGCCAAUCAGAACAUCUUGGGAAUUCAGGAUUAAGAAUGAGAAGGAAUUUAAGGAGUCUCUGCUACAGGCUGGGUCCUAAUAUCUAAACUUGGGAAACAUGGUGUGGCCAUAUUGUGCUAUCUUCAAAGCAGUUUUGUGUUUAGACACCUAACUACAUUUGUUUGGCAUGUCAGUGUUCUAAAACAGAGGUGGAAACUUCCUAGAUUUGUUUAGAAGUAUCUUUGUAUAGAUAAUUAGACAUUCUAUCAGGGAGAUGACCUAGUAAUGUGAAGGUUAAGAGUUUUUACCUGUCCAUAGGAUGUUGGUCAAGUUCACCAAACUGCCAGUGCACAGGAUACACAUACAUGUGGUAGUUUUUCUUAAAAUCCCGUAAGAGAAGGUCAAUGGAAUGGUCCCCAGCCAACAGCCUCUUUUCAUCCAGGUAAAUCUUCUUGACCUGGGAUUAGGAAGGGAGAAGAUCAUCAGAGAAUCAGACAAAUGUAAUGUAAUUAUCACUGGUAAACUUUACUUGAAGAGUAACAGUGACAUGACAGAGCAAAACAAGCCCAGGCCAUCAUGAGACCGAAUGAAAUCCUUUCUAGUCAACACUAUACAGACUUUCUUAUUUCUACAUAGAAUAACAGCCAACUAAAAAAUACAACCUGUGGUUUUUAGAAGAUAUUUAAGUAUUUUUGAUCUUUCUUUUAACCGAGUACUGUUCAUCACAUUCCUUAAAAUUAUGAGAAGGUUUUAAUGAAAAGGCCUGAAAUAACCUAGGCAAAAUUGUUGGUUAGUGAAAAGUCCCAAUCACCACAUUGGCAUACUCUUAAUUCUCUAGGUAUUUCUGUCCAGUGUCUGAUCAGAAUCAGCUGUGGUGUGACACCAUUUGGUCAGCCCCAUUAAAAUUUCCCUGUUUUGCAUCUAAUGCUCUCAAGACUUUCACUAUGAUGUAUUAAAAAGAGAGGAUAGAAAUUAUUUCUGGGCAAUGCAUAUAAAACUCUCAGCUUAUGAUGUUACUCAUGAACUAACUGGAAGCAUUUAGAACAGAACUACCCAUCUCCAUGGUCACAUCCACCAACUUCUCUCCUUGUUAUCAUGGAUUAACUUCCUGUGCUCUGAAUAUAAGCCCAACCCUUCACUGGUGCUCAGAAGCCUACCCCUUUCCAUCUCCUCAAAACCACCCUAUGGCAGUUGGGUACCUCUUCUAUUCCUUAUUAGUUUUUACCAUCUUUACUGGGGUCCUACCAGAAGCACACAAACACCCUCUACUAUCUCCCACUGGUAGAUGGGAUUCUUGAACUCACAUUCCUGUCUGGCUGCCACCCAUUUCACUUUUCCUCUUUCUAGCAAAAUGCCUUGAAUAUAUUGUCUAUACUUGGUGCUUCCACGUCCUUCCUCCUAUUCUCUUUUGAACCCUGUCACUCAAGCUUUUCUUCUCUCCAAUCUGCAGAAACAGCUUCUGUCAAGGUUAACUCUGUGACCACCACAUGCCAAAUCAGUGCUCAACUCAUUCCUCAUUUUAUAACCUGUAAGCAGCAUUUGACACAGUUAAUGCACACCUUCCUUCUUGUUUAAUUUUUUCUUCAUAGCAUGUUUCAUUCCACCUGACAUACCUUAUAUAUUUGCAUAUUUAUUUACAUGUUUAUAUAUUUGCAUGUAUGCUCAUAUUUGCAAUAUGUCUAUAAACACACAUGUGCGUGCACACACGCACACACACACACAUUUGUUCAGAGUCUCUUUUCCUAGGAUGUUAGCUCAUGAAGGCAGAGAUUUUUCUUUGCUUCAUUGCUGUAUCCCCAUCAUGUAAAUCAAUUCCAGAUACACAGGAUGCACUCAAUAGCUAUUUGAUGAGUGCAUUUUCCCUGAGAACUUCUGGAAUGAAUAUUCUGCACUUUUAAAUCUUAAUAUAUUACUGACAUUGCAAAUAAGGGAUUUCUCUUAUAUCAUAAAUCUGUCUGGUCUAUGAGGGCAAAAAGAUGUAUUAAAAAUCUUUUAAAUUUAUUUAAAUUUAUUAUUAGAUUUAAAUAAUAUGUUUGGGCCUGAAUAUAUAAGUGCUGAAUGGAGGUUCCGUUUGCUCAACCAGGAUUUGCUCUGGGGUAUGAGGUGAAGAGUCCUUGCUCAGGCCACUGCCCUUUGGACAGGAAUGGGGUGGUUUGGCCAUGUCUCAAACCUUGUGGCAUGAAUGGUGACCACUACUGUUCUGUUACUGCAUGUGAACUUAGCAGGUGUGGCGAACCAAGUGGGCUCUUGCUGAUAUGCAGGGGGAGGUAGGCCCCCUCCUCCCCUCAACACACAUACCCUUUUUCCUUAGGCUCUGUACAUAGACACUUGGGUAGUUGACCUGUGGAUAACUUACUUUAUUUCUCUGCUUCUCAUUUAGAUAUCCACCGUGUUCAGGGUUUGGCUCAUAAAGCUGCAUGAGAAUAUUCUUGAGCCAGUCUCUCAUCCUUAGGGGAAACUGAGUCACUUCAAAGUCUGUACAAAUAGGAAUAGCUGUUCCAAGCAGAAAGAAAAUAGAUUUUAAUCUUUGGAUCUUACUCCUAUCUUAUGGCACGUCCUCAUAACAGAAAGCUUAAUAACAUCUGGUGACUGACAGUACGCUCACUGUCCCACUGUCACAGCAGUGGGUCCUUACACCUGGCGGCAAAACAGAACUGCCUGUGGUGUUUUCAAAACAUACCAGAUUCCAGCUUCCAUUCAAAGACAUUCUGAUUUGAUUGGUCUGGGGUAGAAUGUGGGCAUCAGGAUGAUUUAAAAGUUCCAAAAAUAAUUUUUUAUUAUUAUUAUUAUUUUU